AGAAUAGUGGCGUGGUCGCAGCCAAUCAGCCCAAUUUAGGAAGAUGGGAGCUGUAGUCUGAUUGGCUGCUGCAGACUCUCCUCCAUUUUUUAUUGUUUGGGUGACGCCACCCUCCUUUGUGAAAUCGGUGCAAGAUGCAGGAGAAGAGUGAUCAGAGCCGAAAAUGAGCGCAGCCCAUGAACAGGUGAACCUAAGCAGGUCGGAGGUAUGUGGUAUAAUGCGGGAGGAACUCUACAGCGAGGAGGACUUCCAGCAGAGUCAGACGCACGUUUUCAUCGUAGUUGGUGCUUCGGGAGAUUUGGCAAAGAAGAAGAUCUAUCCUACAUUAUGGUGGCUGUAUAGUGACGGACUCCUCCCUGUAGACACCUACAUAGUUGGCUAUGCACGUUCAAAACUGACUGUACAAGACAUCCGAAAACAGUGCGAGCCUUACCUCAAGGUCUCUCCAAAUGAUGCCGACAAGUUAAACGCCUUCUAUGCGAGGAACCGCUAUGUGUCCGGACAGUAUUCAGACGAGGCCUCUUUUAAAGCUCUAAAUAAGCACAUUCUGGCCCUACCGAACGGGACAAAGGCCAACCGCCUCUUCUAUUUGGCCCUUCCGCCAAGUGUGUACCAUGAAGUGACCCAGAACAUCAGAGUGACCUGUAUGGGCGCAGUUGGUUGGAAUCGGGUGAUCGUAGAAAAGCCAUUCGGGAAGGAUCUGGAAAGUUCAAACAAGUUAUCCGAACACGUCUCCUCGCUCUACCAAGAAAAUCAGAUUUACCGUAUUGACCACUAUUUGGGCAAAGAGAUGGUGCAGAACCUCAUGGUGCUCAGAUUUGGAAAUCGGAUAUUUGGACCCUUAUGGAAUCGGGACCACAUUGCUUCUGUGGUCUUCACCUUCAAGGAACCUUUUGGGACCCAGGGGCGGGGAGGAUACUUUGAUGAAUUUGGAAUAAUCAGAGAUGUCAUGCAGAACCACUUGCUACAGAUGAUGUGCUUGGUGGCCAUGGAGAAACCAGUUUCUACUAACCCAGAUGAUGUGCGGGAUGAGAAGGUAAAGGUGCUGAAGUGUGUGCCUGAGUUGACACUUAACAAUAUUGUCUUGGGACAAUAUGUGGGCAAUCCUGAGGGGCAAGGAGAGGCUCAGAAGGGUUAUUUGGAUGACCCCACCGUACCAAAAGGUUCUUUUACCCCAACAUAUGCCACUGCGGCCCUGUAUGUGAAGAACGAGAGAUGGGACGGUGUUCCAUUCAUCAUGCGCUGUGGAAAGGCCCUGAAUGAGAGGAAGGCCGAGGUCCGGCUGCAGUUCCGAGAAGUUCCAGGUGACAUCUUCGGAGGACAAUGCAAGAGGAAUGAGCUGGUGAUCAGGGUCCAACCAGAUGAAGCCGUUUACACAAAGAUGAUGACAAAGAAGCCAGGGAUGUUCUUCAACCCUGAGGAAUCCGAGUUGGAUCUGACAUAUGGCAGCAGAUACAAGGACGUGAAGUUGCCAGAUGCCUAUGAGAGGCUGAUCCUAGAUGUGUUCUGCGGAAAUCAGAUGCACUUUGUGCGCAGCGACGAGUUGAAGGAAGCCUGGAGAAUCUUCACUCCAAUCCUGCACCAGCUGGAGAAAGAGAAGAUCAAACCCCUGCCCUAUGUGUAUGGGAGCCGGGGUCCCGCAGAGGGCGACGAGUUUAUGAAAAGUGUCGGCUUCCGAUAUGAAGGAACGUAUAAAUGGGUGAACCCUAACAAGCUGUGAUGACUUGGUGGACUAUACGUGCCAGCCGGCUCCCCAGAACAACAGACUGCAACCGUAGGAUCCUCGAGGACCAAACGCACAACUUACUUCAAUGCUGGCUUCUCAUACACCAUUUUUUUCAGACCAUGUGGCAGCUUAGUCUUAAAUAGUUAAAGGGGAAUUCUACUUUCAGCAGACUGGGGUCCCUCUGAGCUGAUCUUUGGGCCGUGGCCCUGGGGGAGCAGUGUCCGUACAAAUGGCCAGGUCCAACAUUUGCAUUGAUCUACAGUAUGUAGUAUAUAAGGAUGUGCUGAGUAAACCUGUGUUCCCCAUUCAGCCAUUGCCCCGAGAUCAGCACCAAUUUAAUAUAUUAUUAUUUCCGUUUCAUACAAGUCUAUACUGGGGACAUAUUUGCGCCCGUAUUGCGGCCAUGUUUCCCUGCCUGACCAUAGGGUUUUAAGUGGUUAUCCAGGAAUAGCAAAAUAGAGCUACUUUCUCCUCCAAAAAACAUUGCCACCCCUGUCCCCAGGUUGCGUUUGGUAUUACAACUUUGCUUCUUUCACUUCAAUGGGACUGAGCUGUAAUACCACAUACAACCUGAGGAAAGGGGUGGCGCUGUUUUUGAAAGAAAUCAUCUCUGUUUGUCUAAUUGUGGAUACUCUGGUGGAAAACUAAAUUUUUUUUAAAAUCAAUUGGUGCCAG